AUGAAGACAAGUCCUUCGAAGAAGCUAAGUGAGAUCAUAGAGAAAUGGAGGAAGAGAAAAAAGGGUCAUUUUGCUGUCUACACAAAGGAAGGCAGAAGGUUUGUUGUGCCUCUCUACUAUCUGAAUCACCCCAUUUUCAGAGUGCUACUGGAGAUGGCUGAGGAAGAGUUCGGAUUGACGAUUCACGGGCCACUUCAAGUUCCAUGUGAGGAGGAACUGAUGGAAAACAUUCUGUGUUUGCUAAGGAAGCAUACAGCACUCGUUUCAAUCAGAGAUUCCAUAGGAGUUUCGAUUCCUUCGUUAUUUCCUCUCUUUCAAGCCGACAAUCGAGGUGAGCUCAAAUCUGUGGUUCUGUAA